AAUUAAUAUAUUGCAUUCAAUAGAUGGUUAAAGCUUCCAUAAUUGCUGUCAGAUGGGCUUUGAUUAGGUCAGAGGAAUAUAGUAAGAUAAUUUAAAGGGAAAAUAUCGGGUUAGUAUUGCAAUUACUAUUAUUAUUUUUUACACAUAAAUCUCUGGGGUCUCUGGGACCCCAAACAUAAAGAAAGUAAAGUCAAUCUUAACUGAACAUGAUUGUUAGUUGCAACCACUCUCAGCAGAAGAAAGUCAGCUAUCAAUGCACAUAUUUGUUUUUUUCCUUUGCUAUGAUCAUCUGAAAGAAAGCGUUAGGGCACGGGCCCCUGACACCAUAGAAGCGAUCCCAUUCGGCGUAGUCACAUCUUAUUAAAACGGCACCACGUAAUCCUACCAACACCCUCCCUUGCUUUAAAUCCGCUCCUCCGGCGCAGUUGUGUAGACGCACAGCCUCCUCGUUCAGCAGAGCACCGCCGUGGCUCGUGUUCUCGCGGGGCAUCCGACGGUAACAUGGUCUGCAGCGCGCGGCAGCAGUAGACAGUUUCGCUGGACCGUACGAGAAGGCGCGUGCCCGGCUAUCCUGCUCUCCUUCCGCAACAUAUCAACACAUCGAAGCAAACUUAGUGUUUCUGUGACACGGGUUUAACGGUUUACGCCAUUGCAUCGUCGUGGCAACAGAGUUGUAAAAUUGGAUAUUACUUUACACAAAAAAGGUCUGACCAGAGGACUCGGUGUUGUCACUGUGCACACAGGGAAACAUGGGGAAACAGAACAGCAAGCUCAGGCCAGAGAUGCUACAGGACCUGAGGGAGAACACAGAGUUCACUGAUCAUGAGUUGCAAGAAUGGUACAAGGGGUUCCUGAAAGACUGCCCCAGUGGACAUUUGAACGUUGAGGAGUUUAAGAAGAUCUAUGCCAACUUCUUCCCAUAUGGUGAUGCCUCUAAGUUCGCUGAGCACGUCUUCCGUACGUUUGACACCAACAACGACGGGACUAUUGAUUUCCGGGAGUUCAUUAUUGCUCUGAGUGUGACAUCACGGGGGAAAUUGGAGCAGAAGCUGAAGUGGGCAUUCAGCAUGUACGACUUGGAUGGCAACGGUUACAUCAGCCGUGACGAAAUGCUAGAGAUUGUGCAGGCCAUUUAUAAGAUGGUGUCAUCAGUGAUGAAAAUGCCGGAGGAUGAAUCCACACCAGAGAAGAGAACAGACAAGAUCUUCAGACAAAUGGACUUAAACAAUGAUGGCAAGUUGUCUUUGGAAGAGUUCAUAAAAGGUGCCAAAAGUGACCCCUCCAUCGUGCGACUACUGCAGUGUGACCCGAGCAGUGCCUCGCAGUUUUGAGUCUCUCAGACAACCGGCACUCAAUGCAUGAAAGCUCUCGUCUCUCAUUCUUCUUUGUGUUCCAAAUGGAAGAGUUUCAAAAAAGUGCAACAAUUUUACUUUCAGUUUUUCCCAGAAAGGACAUGCAUACAUAUGAAGAACAAAGACAACACCUGCCAAGACGUCUUGUGUCUGCUACGUGUCACCUGUCCUUGUCUCUGCAGAAACUGAAGCUGGUGGAGUUUCGACUCCAAAAAAAAAAAAAAGAAAAGCAAUCAGUGGCCGAUCGUGUUCAAGGGUCGAGAUUUUGAAAGAGAAUGUUCCUGUUUAUGAAUUGUACAUGCACUCCCACCUUCUCCAAACCCUCUUGUGUUUAAUAUCUGUGCAGUUCUUGAUUUAGUUUCUUUCCUGCUUUGUUUUGUGAGGGUGCAGAUCCCUAUCUACUUUUUAUACUGAUAUUUAUGUGUAUAUACAGUAUAAAUACAUAUACAAACAUGUUACAACUACAAAUGAAGGCAAUUAUAGACAUCUUUUUACUCACUUGCAUCUUACAGCAGUAUUAUGUAGCUUCAGGCAGUAUCCAAAACUUGGCCUUCAAUUGACCCAGAUUGAUUUUUCUGCUCCGGCGCUCAUGAUCUUUAUUAUACGAAGAGAAGGCUGAGGAUCCCGUUCUUUUUUUCUGUUAAUUUUAUUUUUUGUUGUUUUUGUAAAUAUGUGGUUUGCUUCCAUAUUUUUCUUUAUUUAUUGUUGCAUUUUUAUGGUGUUAUUUUACAAAGGGUGAUUUUAUUACUGUUGAACCAGAAAUGUGACACACCUGGCGAUGUAUUAUGCUGUAUCAAGUAAGUUGUUAUUAAUUCAAGGCUUUCAAGUGCAUUGCGGAAAAUAUUUGCAUCAGGGGAUACAUUCCAUCGCGUUUUGAAUCCAAGACACCGGUAGCACAUUUAAUUUAAAGCGCUUCAUCUGUGUGUGUGCGGUUAUGCUUGUUUGUAUGUAAGCAAGAGUGAAGGUUUGCAUGUUUCGGUGUAUGCGUGCAUCUGUGCUAACUUUAUAGUAUCACUUUGUGUAGUUCAAUACGUUUGUAUGCAACAGUAAGUUUUUUAACCCCCCUAUUUAAAGCAGCAGACUAGUUAUACCUUUAUCCUACAUCAUAUGGUACUCAAAAUCACAAUAUCUUGGGGUACUUUCAAAAGUGCUCCAUCAACAACAUAGACAGGAAUGUACAAAACUAUGAUUUAUGAUCAUGUCUCACCUUUAGAUAAACAGCCUCAUUGUUUUCAUCUAAAAGAGAGUUUGGAUAGUGAAAGUGGUCACUAAAGGGCUUAUUUCCACUCUUGAAUGAAGAAGUGUAAAGAAAACGCCAUUGCUUUGAUUUUUCUUUUUGGUUUAUGUGACGACUGACAUUCAAUGACCUAAAUUCAACAGGUGCUCCUGCUUUGUAUAAACAAAGUGAUAGAGCUUUGAUAAUAUUAGUUCAUUAAGUCAAUACAUGCCCACUCUCUGUGUAGCUAUCACAUUGCUGGCAUCCAUAUUGCUUCCAUAUUUGUACUGACACAAUAUUUGAUGCUGCACCCUCUAUGGCAACUUUCCUCUUUUAUGUUGCAUGAAAACCUCAUGUGAGGACAUAAUGAUUGUCCCCUUUUACUGAUGUUGAAAACAAAUAUACUUAUGUGUUUAGAAUGUUGACUGCAAGUGAUUUUUGAACAACUGAAGUUUGCACAACACCUUUUAGCACUGUUACUAUUGUGCCAGUAACUUCUAACAUUCAUUUUAAAAAGUUACAUUUGCAUCACAGUGUCCAUUCUAAUAGAAUGUUAUGGGCUUUAGUCUUAGUUUACACAAUGGCAUAACACUUAACACAUAAUUUAUUCCUGUACACACACACCAGUGUUGUAUAAAGUACCCAAUUGUAAAAAUAAAAAUACCUUUAUGGAAAGUUAAA